AUGCGUGGUACGGAUAGCUUCCCCGACUCUUCAGCGAUGGAGUGGACGGCAGUAUUCGUGUUUUUGCUGGGUGUCUUAUUUCAUCUCGUCAUACGCCCGUACGAGAUUGACACUCAAGCAUGGCAACUUGUUGGCGCGUACUCAACUGUGCUCCUCGGUACAUUCUUCACCUACGCUCAAACAUUGUAUAUCCGAGAAGCCUUGCUGAAUACUAGUAUUGUCGCUGGUGCUUUUAAUGCCGGGGCGCUUGGUUCCAUUUUGAUAUACCGUGGCUUUUUACACCGGUUGCACAGGUUUCCCGGCCCGCCCCUAGCCAGAUUCUCCCGCUUCUAUGCUAUGCACCAUGCGGCAAAGCAUCUUCAGGCAAACAUAACUACACAAAGGCUUCAUGAGAAAUACGGAGAUUUUGUCCGCGUUGGACCGCGCGAGUUAUCAAUCAACCGGCCCUCUGCUAUUUCUGCCAUCUACGGACCUACCACCAAAUGUUCGAAGUCUCCCUGGUACAGCCAAGUUUCCUAUGAUGCGACCAAGAUUUCCAUCAAUUCCACUCGCGAUGCGGAUAUCCACAGGCGCCGGAAGAGGGCCUGGGAAAGGGGCUUGAGCUUUCGAGCUCUAUCUGCCUAUGAAGCACGUAUCGUUGCCAAGGUAGACUUAUUACUGUCACGCCUCGAUGCGCAGGGAGAGAAUUCCCUUGACAUCUCCAAAUACGCCAUGUUUUUCGGAUUCGACGUCAUGGGGGAAAUCGGUUUCUCCAAGGACUUCCAUAUGCUUGAGUCGGAAAUCGAGCAUCCGGCGAUUCGAGGCUUGCACGACAACAUGGCCGCAGUUGGUGUCCUUGGCACAGUACCAUGGCUGCUCUCUAUGCUCAGCAAGAUACCGGGCGCAACCGGCAGUUACUCAAACUUCAUGGAUUGGUGUGGCCAGCAGCUCGAAGAGAAACGACAGCUCGUAAAACAAGAGAAAUCCGCUGGGAAAGCUGGGAGUCCCAAGGAUGUCAUGUCCUGGCUACUUCAGGCCGAAGAAGAGGGUGACCAAUCAGCACCUCCGGGUGAAGGCGCUUUCCAAGAGGACUCUCGUCUCAUGAUCAUCGCCGGCAGUGAUACCACAAGCGUAGCCCUAGCAAACGCAUUGUUCUACUUAGCCAAGUAUCCGGCCUCCUAUAUCAAACUCCAGAACUUCCUGAGAAAGGAGUUCACUCGAGGAGACGCCGACUGGACGUACGAUCGAGCCAAGAAUGUGGCAUACCUCGACUACAUCAUCCAAGAAACCCUGCGCUUAAAGCCAUCGGUGCCCGCUGGUCUCACCCGACUGACGCCAGCUUCAGGGCUGCAGAUAGACGAGAUCGCGAUACCAGGGGAUACGAUUGUGUCGGUUCCAGCCCAUACGAUUCAAAGAGAUCCACGAUUCUGGAAGGACGCCGAGGCAUUUGUUCCGGAAAGGUGGGAGGGUCUGUCCCCGGAGAAGGCCCCCUGGAUCCCUUUCACAAGAGGCCAGUUCAGCUGCCCGGGAAGGAACCUCGCCUUCAUGGAGUUGCGCAUGGUUCUCAGCAGGAUCGCGCUUCGGUUCGAUAUAUCCUUGGCCAGUGCAAGUGACAGAGAAGCAUUCGAUCGAGACGCCAAAGACACGUUCACGUUGAACGUGCCGGCACUGCCGAUGCUGUUCAAAAAGCGGCCUGGAUAG